AUGCUCUCGUUUUGCCGCGGCAAGCGUCUCACCGGUGCCUCCGGCGGGCGUCAGAGCAGUGGCACCUGCGCCAAGCAUCGGUGUCCUGAGAUGGUUCCAGAGAUGCAAGGUCUCUUUGACUCGACUUUCCGCAAGAUCUACACACGCGACCGGCGCGGAGCUCCCAUGGCAGAUCGGCUCAAGGUGUGGCGAGAGUAUUUGAGGCAUCGGGAAAAGCUUCGCUUGUCCCGUUGGAACUGUCCAUCCUUGGCUGAGCAGGUGCCAGACGGCCCUGCCACGGCGCGAGUUGCCAUGGCCUUGUUUGGCAGAUGGGACGCACUCUCACAGUUCCAGGACAUUGGAGCCUUAAGGGCACAUUUUGGUGUGCCAGCUGAGGCAUGGGAGGCCUUCAUUUCCAUGGUCGGCGAUUUCGGCGAGGACAUACGGCUCCUGGCGGCUUUUCCCAGAUCUGGCUUGCUGGCAGGGAUCACUCAGGCAACGAGACCUGAUGGGUCGGGACUACUUCCAGUCCAGGCAACUCAAAUUGGGCUGGUGUGGCGCCUAGCUAGACGAGUUAGUGCAAGCCAUAGUGGCAUUACAGAGGCAGAAUUCCAGGACGUGGACCCAUGGGCAGAGGAGCAGGUCGUGGAACCCGCGAGACAAAGCUCCUCAACCGGUGGGAUCAAGGAAAAGAUCUUGAAAAUGUCGGCACUAAUUGGCCAGUCCGACGACUCUGAACUUAUGCCCCCUACUUCAAUGGAGGUGAACUCGUGGCUUCAGAACUACCACGCGGUGAUGGGGGCGAUGCCUGACGAAGCUGAAGAACCUAGUCCAAAUCAACUGGCGGCUCUAGCAAAGAGGGUGUUUCGAGAUGACGCUCCCCCUUAUGUGGACUUUGGAGUUUUCGGCCCCUUUGAGAGAAAACUCACUAAGGUGCAGCGUUGCCGGAUCUUUACACCGUUAGGUGAUGGAACCUAUCUACAACGAGAUCUUCCAGGACCUCCCACGUACCAAGGAUGGCUGGCUUCCUGGAGGGUGCUGAAAACAGCGUGCUUGAUGCUGAACGUGGCAUCACUAGCGGCUCUCGAAGUUUAUGGGAGGCACGUGGAAAAACUUGUCACCCAGUGGCCAUCCGCUUGGGGACUGAUCUAUCAAGCUGAGGAUGCAGCACGUGCUGAAAGGAUGGCAAAACUGAGAAGGCAAUUUACGGUUGAAUCAGGGCUCGGUCGUCAAGUUCCCCGAGACUGGAACCCAAAGGAGCCUUGGAGUUGCAUCUUUGUGCAACUCACCAAGGACGAUUCCUAUUGGUCAGAGAAAGUGCACAUACCCGCAGCGGCUUGGGUGGCAGCAGGUGCAAGGGGCCAGCCGGUGGUAGCAUCCGAAGCGGCGGUGAAGGCCCAUGUUCCUGGAUUGCAGGACUCCCUACAUGACAUCACUCCCCCUGGCCAAGACAGCACAGACCCGAGAAGAAAGCAGGCAAAUCGAGACAAACGAGCAGCACGAAAGAGAAAGUUCCAGGCGAACAUGGACGAGCUACGAAGCCUUCGUCAAGGUCAGAGUGGCCACAAGCAACAACAUGCAGGUGGCGGCAAAGACUCCGGAGGAAAGGGCAAAGGCAAGAGCAAGGAUCAGUCUGGAACUCCAAUUUGUUUUUCAUGGGCAUCGGGCACAGGUGUUUGCGGCAAACUUCCUGCAGAGAAAGGGGUUAGUACAAGCCCACCCUCGGUGGAUUACGGCGAUGGCGACGAAGAGGAGCCAUUGACCGCCGAGGGCCCCGAAAGCACCGCGGCGAGCCAUGGGGUUCCUGCGGAAACGGAGACAGAAUCCCCGGAGGUGACCAUGCGACCCAGACGGGUGGAGCAGGCAUUGAAGGAGUCAAAGACCUUCGAGGACUACAGAAAGAAGAGACCGUUCAAGUUCUUGCACAUGUACUCUGGUCCCAACGAUCCUCUUGGGCAAGCUAUCAAGAUGGAGGCAGCCAAGAACCGCCUGAACGUAGUGGUGCUCAGCUUGGACAACCAACUGGACCCUGACCUGGACCUUGCCGAUCCCAGAGGUUUUCAGAUCAUGAAGGAGGACGUCAACAAGGGGGAGUGGGAUUUUACCCACGCUGGCUUCCCUUGCGGGUCAUUUUCGAUGGCCAGGCACAAUGACGUGCCGGGGCAGCCGAAGCCGGUCAGGAACAAGUCGAAUAUUUAUGGACUGCCUGGCAACAGUCCACAACAGCAGGCGGAGGCCGACAAGGGAACACGCAUGGCCACCCAGGCUGCGGAGAUCUAUGAGUCGCAGGUGAACAGCUGCACCAAACGCAAAGUUCCCCCACUGGCAACAUUAGAGAAUCCACCAGGAAGUGAAGAGUCAGGAAGUGCCUGGGAUGUCCCCGAAGUGUCAGCCUGUCUGCAACGAACCAAGGCGGUUAGGGCAAACUACAACACCUGCGCCUACCAGCUCAAGUCCAAGGAGAGGCACUUCAAACCGGGCGUUUGGACGGGAAGGCUCCAAAAUCUUGAGAAGGUAUCCAAGGUUUGUAGAUGCCCUGCAUGGGUCAGACAUACGUCGUUGGUUGGAAAGAGGAAGACUGCUCCGGCGGCAGAGUACCCGGCGGCGCUGGCUGAGACUAUAGCCGCGGAAGUCGUGGCAGUAUGGAAGAAAACGCUCAACCUCGAGUGGUGGAGAUUUCAAGUCGAAUCCAAAUCCAAGAUCGUCAAUGACUUACAAAAGGCCUGGUUAGAGAAUGAGGAGAAGAAAACUGGAGGAAACACCACCAGAUCGGAGCCGUCGAAGAGGGCUGCAUCGAUGGCGUUUAAGAUCGACAACAUAGAAAGUGACGAUCUUCCUGAAAGCUCCAAGGCGAGACCAAUCAAAGCCCUGAAGGAGGAACACAACAGACUUUGCAUUGGAGGGAUGAGGAACCCCGCCAAGACGGUCAAGAGACUGACCCAACUUCGUUCAACGGGCCAGAAGAUAUCAAAGAUGUGGGACGAGUUUGUGGACUCCCAUCCAAAAGCUUUGCAGGUGGCCGUGAACUACGGGAAGACGGAUAACAUCUUCGACGAAGAGCUCCUCGAGUUGUGGAGGCUGGCGCUGCGGGAGAACUUUGUCAAGACGGACGAACACCCCAUGGUGGUCAAAGAGAACUGGGAGUUCAAGUCCCCCUUGGUGGCAGAACUCUGGGAAUCUUGGGGCGAAGAAGCGGUCGAUCCCGAUGUUCACCUGCCGGAGUUCAUGAGGAGGGGGGCACCGUUGGGAAUGGAGGUACAGAUCCCCCCGAGUGGAGUGUUUCCGGCAGCGGUGGGGUCAGAGGAGACCAACACUGACCAGGCAGGGGAGUUCGAGGAGUUGAGAUUCCUCCGCAACUACGAGUCAGUGCGGUCCCAACCCGAAGAAGCCACGUUGGAAAUCAACAGGUACGUCGAGAAGAACUUCGCCAGAAGAGUCACGUGGCAGUGGGUCAAAGACGUGCUGGGGGAAACUGGCACGGUGUCAAAGAUGGCCUUGAUCCUCAAGCAGAAGGAAGACGGAAGUGUCAAAAGAAGAAUCAUCCUGGACAUGAGGAGGAGUUUUGGCAAUUCAAGAGCCAAAACGGAUGAAAGGAUAGUGCUGCCGCGCCUCACCGACGUGGUCCAUAUGCUGCAAGACAUGUGGAAACCUCGAGGCGGAGACAAAGGUCGCAGAGAAUCCAAGGAGGAAGACGACUUCGAGAUCUACCUCAUUGACCUCGAGGAUGCCUUUUGCCAUUUUCCAGUUCGGAAAGAGGAGCUAAGGCACUGUGUGACCCCAGACGAGCACGACCAGGAUGCUCUGGUUUGGACGGCAAUGUUAUUUGGGUACAAAGCGGCCCCACUAAUCAUGGGGAGAUUGUCAUCGGCUUUGGGAAGAUUGCUACAAAGCAUCAUGGACCCAAGUUCGGUGCAACUUCAGGUCUACGUCGACGAUGUGCUGAUGGCCGCAAUUGGACCCCGACCACAAAGGGAGACAAAACUCGCGGCGGCGCUGUACACAGCAGCGGCCUUUGGGGUCCGAGUGAAUCUCAGGAAGGGAGAAAGAGGAAGAAGGGUAACGUGGAUAGGAUGCUCCAUAGAGGUCCCGGUGGUGCAGAUGGGGGAACCCGAGGUGGUAGUGCUUGGCAUCUCCAAGAACAUGAUCGACCAGGUGCUGACCACCCUCCACACUUGGAAAGGAGGAGGUAUGGGAUCCAUCAAAGAGCUGAGGUCCACCACAGGGAGAUUGUCCUGGGCCGGCGGAAUUCUGCCGAGAUUGAGGUGGACCGUGAAUGUGCUCUACGCCACACUCAAAGAUGUGGAAAGAGAGCAACAGGACGGAACAGAAGAGCGACGUGCAGCAGGUCGGGAAGACACCAGGUCGAAAGUGGGACUGUUCCCCAUCAAGCGCUUGGGUGGGGUUCACUUAUGGCUGCUGAAACUCUUCGAGAACCCGGUGGAGAACCUCAUCAGGAUCGAAAGGAUGAAGAAGCCGAAGGUCUCCUGGGGCAUCAUCACCGAUGCGUCACCAAAAGGUUGGGGGGCCAUUUUGGUCAAAGUGCUGGACGCGCACCCAAAGCAACUGGUACCAGUUGAAGCAGUGGAAGGCCUCAUCACGGAGAACGAGGCAAAGCUCCUCAAGGUGGACUAUGGUGAGUCAUCGUCCCAAGCGGUGAUGGAGGCACUGGCCAUUGUCAGAGCCGUUGACAAAUGGGGCCAAAAGUUUCACGAAAGAGCAAUCCUCAUCAGGUCUGAUUCGUCGGUGGCAUUAGCCAUGACAAAGCGACUGUCCAGCCCGCACCCCUCGCUAAACUUCCUGGCGGCGGAAUUGGUGCUCAGGCUGGAGAAGUAUCAGGUGCAACGGGUAGCCUUGCAUCACUUGCGAGGCACGUGGAAUGAGGAGGCCGACUGGCUUUCGAGGAUCGCAGAGAGAGAGGGAAAGCCCAGACCAGCUGGUUUGGAAGGGGUGCACCUCAAAAGAGCGGCACCUUGGAAGAGCUCUCACUUUUGGCUUAAACCUCCCGGCGACAUCACGGAGGAGAGACAAACGUUCACUCCGCAGGACAGCAUCUUCGAACACAUGGCUGUGCGCUGA